AUGACAGCAAUUCAAGAUAUUAAUGCAACCUCCAGCUCUAACAGUAACCAAAAACAAGAAAUUCGAGAAAGGAAAAAUCAAGAUAACCAUCAACACCAUCAAGGAUCAAUUGAUUCAUCUAAUAAUGAUCUUAAUCCUAUAAUCGAUAAAUUUCCUGAGAUCAAGCCUAACGUUUCAAGUAAUAAAAAGGAACAUCCUAUACAAAAAACCCCUUCCACUUUUAUCCGAAAAUUUGCUGAUACUACCAAUAAUUUUCUUAAAGAAAUUAAUAUUCUUGAUAUUCCAGAUACGAACGAAAUUACAGAACAUACUGUAACAUGUCGUAGGGUAGCAAUUUUGAUCGAAAAAAGUCCAGCAUUCAGAUGUCAUGGCAAGAAGAUGGCAAAGGGGCUUCGUGAUUUUGGAGAAAUUAUAUUAAUAGCAAGUCGAACAUUACAAAAUAUGCAUAACAAGGGUUCAUCAAUAUAUAAAUCGUUUGAUGAAGAACUUGAAUCGAUGAUGCAUCGAUUGGAUUCAAACUACAUCCGGCAAGUCGACGACGAUACUCAAUAUUUUAAAGAUAGAUUGUUUGUAUUACGAAAGAAAAUCAAAGAUUAUAGGCAACUGGUUGAACUAGCCCAAAAUUCUGUUUCAAGAGCAGAAGCGGUGCGACAUGAUACAAAAAGCUAUAUUUAUGGCGGACUAAAGGAAGCAGAAAAGUAUAUUUGUGAUCGUAAUUCUGCGCAUUCGGAUGGUGUCGAUAUAGCCAAGAAAGAAUUCGUAAUGGUUGAUAAUAUUUUGCAUCAUUUACAUGAUACUGCCGUUAAUUUAGAAAAAAUGAAUAAUUUUUUGAAGACCUAUGAGGAUAGAUUGUUGGACGUUUCUGCUGGUCUAGAUGUCAUCGAAUAUGAUAAGGUUACUAAUGAAGAUCUCCAAUAUUUAAAACAAACUGUGGAAAAUUCAAAAAAUUAUCAUUACCAAUUCAACAAAAAGCAAAUUCCUAUUUGA